CAGCAGUCCCGAGCCGGAGGCGCGGCGCUGAGCGGCGGAGCGGGAGGGAGGCCAAGGGGCCGCCCGCGCUGCUGUCCCCGCCCCGCGCGCCCUGCGCCCCACUUUCCCGGCGGCCGCUCCAAAGCUCAGCCCUCCUGCCUCCUCCGGCGCUGUCCGGACUCUCUGGGAAGCAAGCAGCCGGCAAGUUUCGGCGCGCGCAGGCGGCGGGCCGCGGGCACCGUGCGCUCCGGGAGUGGUGGCCGCGGCUUCGGGCUCUGCGCCCCGCGCGCACUUCGGCGAUGGCUUCUCUGCCGCGGCGACGGCUGCGCCUUCGCCCCCGCCGCCUCUUGCUCCUUCUCCCCGGAUUCUUGUUGCCUCUGUGCGGCGCCUUCAACCUAGACGUGGACAGUCCUGCGGAGUACUCCGGCCCCGAAGGAAGUUACUUCGGGUUCGCGGUUGAUUUCUUCGUUCCCAGCGCGUCUUCGAUGUUUCUUCUGGUGGGAGCACCCAAAGCAAACACUACCCAGCCUGGGAUUGUGGAGGGAGGGCAAGUCCUCAAGUGUGACUGGUCUUCUCACCGGGGGUGCCAGCCAAUUGAAUUUGAUGCAACAGGCAACAGAGACUAUGCCAAGGAUGAUCCAUUGGAGUUUAAGUCCCACCAGUGGUUUGGAGCAUCUGUGAGGUCAAAACAGGAUAAAAUUUUGGCUUGUGCUCCGCUAUAUCACUGGAGGACUGAAAUGAAACAGGAGAGAGAGCCUGUUGGAACUUGCUUUCUUCAGGAUGGAACAAAGACUGUUGAGUAUGCUCCAUGCAGAUCAAAAAAUAUUGAUGCUGAUGGACAGGGAUUUUGUCAAGGAGGAUUCAGCAUUGAUUUUACUAAAGCUGACAGAGUACUUCUUGGUGGUCCUGGCAGCUUUUAUUGGCAAGGUCAGCUCAUUUCAGAUCAAGUAGCAGAAAUUGUAUCUAAAUAUGAUCCCAAAGUUUACAGCAUCAAGUAUAAUAACCAGUUAGCAACUCGGACUGCACAAGCUAUUUUUGAUGACAGUUAUUUGGGCUACUCAGUGGCUGUUGGAGAUUUCAACGGUGAUGGCAUAGAUGACUUUGUUUCAGGAGUUCCAAGAGCAGCGAGGACUUUGGGAAUGGUUUAUAUUUAUGAUGGGAAAAACAUGUCCUCCUUACACAAUUUUACUGGUGAACAGAUGGCUGCUUAUUUUGGAUUUUCUGUUGCUGCCACUGACAUUAAUGGGGAUGAUUACGCUGACGUGUUUAUUGGAGCGCCUCUCUUCAUGGAUCGUGGUUCUGACGGCAAACUCCAGGAAGUGGGACAAGUCUCAGUGUCUCUUCAGAAAGCUUCGGGAAACUUCCAAACGACCAAGCUGAAUGGGUUUGAGGUCUUCGCGAGGUUUGGCAGUGCCAUAGCCCCUUUGGGAGAUCUGGACCAGGAUGGCUUCAAUGAUAUUGCAAUUGCUGCUCCAUAUGGGGGUGAAGAUAAAAAAGGAAUUGUUUAUAUUUUCAACGGAAGACCCACAGGCUUGAAUGCGGUACCAUCUCAGAUCCUUGAAGGGAAGUGGGCUGCUCGGAGCAUGCCACCAAGCUUCGGCUAUUCAAUGAAAGGAGCCACGGACAUAGACAAGAAUGGAUAUCCAGACUUAAUUGUGGGAGCUUUUGGUGUAGAUAGAGCUGUGUUAUACAGGGCCAGACCAGUUAUCACUGUAAAUGCUGGCCUUGAAGUGUACCCUAGUAUUUUAAAUCAAGACAAUAAAACCUGCCCACUGCCUGGGACAGAUCUCAAAGUUUCCUGUUUUCAUGUCAGGUUCUGCUUAAAGGCGGAUGGCAAAGGAACACUUCCCACGAAACUUAAUUUCCAGGUGGAGCUUCUUUUGGAUAAACUCAAGCAGAAAGGAGCAAUUCGACGAGCACUGUUUCUCCAUAACAGGUCCCCGGGUCACUCCAAGAACAUGACCAUCUCUAGGGGGGGACAGAUGCAGUGUGAGGAACUGAUAGCAUAUCUGCGGGAUGAAUCUGAAUUUAGAGACAAACUCACUCCCAUUACUAUUUUUAUGGAGUAUCGACUGGAUUAUACAACAGCUGCUGAUGUAACAGGCUUGCAACCCAUUCUUAACCAAUUCACUCCUGCCAACAUUAGUCGACAGGCUCAUAUACUACUUGACUGUGGUGAAGACAAUGUCUGUAAACCUAAACUUGAAGUUUCUGUAGAUAGUGAUCAAAAGAAGAUCUAUGUUGGGGAUGACAACCCUCUGACCUUAAUUGUUAAGGCUCAAAAUCAAGGAGAAGGUGCCUAUGAAGCUGAGCUCAUCGUUUCUAUUCCACCGCAGGCUGAUUUCAUCGGGGUAGUCCGCAACAGUGAAGCCUUAGCAAGACUUUCCUGUGCAUUUAAGACAGAAAACCAAACCCGCCAGGUGGUAUGUGACCUUGGAAACCCAAUGAAGGCUGGAACUCAACUCUUAGCUGGUCUUCGUUUCAGUGUGCACCAGCAAUCAGAGAUGGAUACUUCUGUUAAAUUUGAUUUACAAAUCCAAAGCUCCAAUCUUUUUGACAAAGUAAGCCCGGUUGUGUCUUACAAAGUUGACCUUGCUGUUUUAGCUGCUGUUGAGAUAAGAGGAGUCUCAAGUCCCGAUCAUAUCUUUCUUCCAAUUCCAAAUUGGGAGCACAAGGAGAACCCUGAGACUGAGGAAGACGUUGGGCCAGUUGUUCAGCACAUCUAUGAGCUGAGAAACAAUGGUCCAAGUUCAUUCAGCAAGGCAAUGCUAAAUCUUCAGUGGCCUUACAGAUAUAACAACAACACUUUGUUGUACAUCCUUCAAUAUGAUAUUGAUGGGCCAAUGAACUGCACUUCAGAUAUGGAGAUCAACCCUUUGAGAAUUAAGAUCUCAAAUUCACAGACUGAAAAGAAUGACACAGUUGGUGGGCAGGGUGACCGGAACCAUCUUGUCACUAAGCGGGAUCUCACCCUCAUUGAGGGAGAUGUUCACACUUUGGGUUGUGGAAUUGCUGAAUGCUUGAAGAUUGUCUGCCAGGUGGGGCGACUAGACAGAGGAAAGAGUGCAAUCCUGUAUGUAAAGUCUCUACUGUGGACCGAGACCUUUAUGAAUAAAGAAAACCAGAAUCAUUCAUAUUCUCUAAAGUCAUCUGCUUCAUUUAAUGUCAUAGAGUUUCCUUAUAAGAACCUUCCAAUUGAGGACAUUUUCAACUCUACAUUAGUUACCACUAAUGUUACCUGGGGCAUUCAGCCAGCACCCAUGCCGGUGCCUGUGUGGGUGAUCAUUUUAGCAGUUCUAGCGGGAUUGUUGUUACUGGCUGUUUUGGUAUUUGUAAUGUACAGGAUGGGCUUUUUUAAACGUGUCCGACCACCUCAAGAAGAACAGGAAAGGGAACAGCUUCAACCUCAUGAAAAUGGUGAAGGAAACUCAGAAACUUAACUGUGAUUCUUAAAGUUACGCUACAUCCUGACCCAUUAGAAGUACCAACUUCAUUAUAGAUUUUAAUUUCCUUCAGGAAGAAUAAAAUAUCAAGACUUCACUGCUGAUGGUGCCCAUUGGUAUUAACCACAAAGUGAGAGCAAUAUUUGUCCACCUUUUCAUUAUAAUUAAUUUCAGAUAUACAUUUAACAUACAUCCACUGAUUUGUGUUUUUAGGUAUUUAAAUAAUAACAUUUCAAGUGAUCCUCUUCAAUGUACAUAAGACAGGUAGUGCCCGAGUUACCACUUUAUAAAAUAGUACUUCCUAUAAUUAUUGUUUCUGAUUUUGUAUGUUGGAAUUUGUUUUUGUUUUUGUUAUUUUAAAGCAAUCCAAAUUUAGACCUUACUAUCCACAUCUUUUGUACAGAUACUUAAUACUAAUGCACAUUACACUACAGUUGAGUUUCAAGCUAACUUUUUAACUGCAUAAACUUGGAUUUUAAUAUUAUCUACAUGGUAGAACUUUAAAUAAAACAACAAAUGAUCCCAUCAAACUCUGUAAUAGCAAAGGUACAGUUUUUUUUUGUUUUACUAUGAAUAUUGGGUACAUGCUAUUAAAUUUUUAUUUAUAUUUUUAUCCACAAUCCAUUUUAUUACAUUUUAUUUUGUAUAAGUUCUAUUUCAAAUCCUUUCAGUCAGCUUAUACUAAAAAUUAGUUCUAUAGUCAAAAAUGCCUUUUUUGUGUAAUAUUUAAUUUCUGCUAGACAUCAUGAUGCUUAAAGCCAUAUGAGGUGGAAAUCAUUUCCAAAGUAUGUUUAUUCCAUUGCAUUAGUCUGGCUAUAUGCAAUACAAAAAAAAAAAAACAUUUAAAUUAAAAGCCUAUAUUGUAGGUCUUCUAUAGAAUUGCUUAUUAAUAGUUUGUUGUUAGAGCAAGAGUUUUUUAGUUGGGAUUAAUUUAUUUUCCUCCUAUAUAUGUAUUUUUUUCUUAUAUUUCCAAAUCUAUUGCUGAGAAUGUGUCAGGAUCAAUGAUGAAUAUUUACAGCUUGCAGGAACCUGCAUUCAACCUCCCAACCCCACGAGAAAAAUGCUUAAGAAUUAAAAUUCUUAAAGUAGCUCACUGGGUUACUUCUAGCAGUAGCAUAAUGCUACUCAUGUGGAUAUUACCUCAUUUUAAGCAAAGUAUAACAUGUAAAACCAGUCCCAGCUCUCAAAAUGACUUCUGUGAGGUUAUUUUACAAGCAAUUCAAGUUACUGGAAACCUUUAAAACUUUCUUAGAUGUAUUAAGAUAAAUUGCUUUUCUAGGAUUUUUAAAUAAAAGCUGCACAGGUGGCAAGUUGAAGUUUUAUAGGUCCGUAGGGUGAUGAAUCUUCUGGAGGAAUAUGUGAAUUAUUCACAGUUCCUCAAGGCCUGGGGAUAACUAUUAAUUAUACCUAUUUUUGUGCAAUUACAUCAUAUUGUACAUUAGAAAUUGAGAGUUUAAUAGCCUUUUAUUUCCCUUAAAGAACUGGAGAUUUUUCUGUUUGAACCAUAACGGGAAUUUAUCUUGCCAUGUCUUUUGUUAUAACUCCCUAUACAAGUGGCUAAGCUAGAAUAUAUUCAUGGUGAGUUACAUAUAUAGGUGAGUAUAUACAUGUAGGUGAGUUAUACAAGUUGGAAUGUUGACAAGACCCUAUACUUAGCUUUAGUGAUUUUCAAAAUUAAUAGGCACUGUAAAAUAGAUUUUAUUUGUCUCUUAAAAGAUCUUAGUCAUAUGCAAUAAGUAUUUUUAUUACCAACAAAUUUGAAGGUUUUUUAAGAAAAAAAUACUUUUAUCCUAGGACCUGCCACCAGAUAGUCACUAAGUUGUUCUUUCAACCUUACCUGUUUUCCUGCCUAAUAGCAGUCAUUCCUGACAUUCUGUUGGCUAGAAAGUCACAGAUUCAAAAAAAAAAAAAAUUGUUUCUCUUUGCUUUUGCACAAUCUAUUCUUUUAUGGCCUCUUAUCUCAAGGUAUAAUGUUUUACCAGAGAUUGAAGGAAGAGCCAAAAUAUCUCAGUUGGGAGAGCAUUAACUGGAGGAAGGAGAUUGAAGGGCAUUGUCAUGGAAAUUAACAUGAUGUUUUAAAUUGCUCUUAGGAAAUGUAGUUUUAAGCAAUAAUAUUUUCUUUUUAAAAGGUGAUUAUUUAUAUCUCUACAAAAAUAUGAUAGGAGUAUAAUUUCAAAACCUAGUCUUUGAGGAAAAUAUGUGGGGGGAUGUUGGGAUUCUUCUUACCCUAAAAUAGCAUGCGAAUGUUUUGGUUAAAAUGUCAAAAAAUAGUCACUGCUGUGUUUAUGAUUUAUUGAGAAUUGAAAUCCAUUUAGAAUGUAAAAUUCUCAUAAUCUGAUUCAGUUUAAGAAAACACAUAUGGUUGGAAUAGAGGAUAUUUAAAACAUUUGAUAUUGGUAAGAAAUAUUGAUACUGUUGUUGAUUUCUUACAUAGACAUUUAUUUCAGAAUUGAUAUUUUGAGAAACACCUAUAUGAGGAAUGCUCUUUCCUUUUCUUCCUUUUACCUUUUUUUUGUGACUAAUGAUUAUUGUAAUUCUGAUUAAGUUCUUAAUACUGAAAUGUGAAACAAUUAAUCAAAAUAUUAGUGCCACAAUUCUACCUGUUAUGAAAGUACUUAUAGUAAAUUCUCAGUGAUACUUUAUAUAAAAAAUUCAAGUACUAAUUAGAAAGACUAUAUUGGCUUCUUUAAGAGAUUGUGAAAGAUUUUUGAUAGUGAAUCAUGACUCUAAGAGAGAGAUUUAUGUGGCAAAAAUAUAGUAUAUGAUAGAUCAGCCGGUUUUUUGUUUGUUUGUUUGUUUGUUUUUUAAUAAGGCUAAAACCUGUAAGUUGAUAGAUGUUCCUGUGUUACAAAAUGUCUUGUUGAGCUUGGCAAAGAAUAAGUCAUUCUUGGAAUACUUCUGUAUGACUGUUGCCUAUCUCAGUGUCACUGUGCUUGUGAUCUUGGAUAGCUUGUAUAUGUGAUAGCUUGAUUAAUAAGAAAACAAUAUAAAAUUUGAAAAUUCAAUACAGGAUCCAAAAUGGUAAAUGAAAUGACUUAAUACUCAGUGUUUUGGAGAGUAUCCUUUUAAACUUUUUGGUAUGGUAGGAUAGUUUGAACGGUAAACCUAUGAACAUGUAGCAUGCAUAUAUGUUUCUAUUUCAUUGUAGCUUCUGAUACAUAGUGAAGUUCUUGGAAGAGGUACUGAGUCUUUGAUUUUUGUUGUUAUUCUUCUCAAGUGCAAUAUAACAAUGUAACCAAACCUAGAUAUUUCAAAGUCAUUAUUAAUUUAGUAAACCUAAUCUAAAUGGAAAUUUAUUAGUAUUUUUGUUAGCAGGAAGGAGUGAUUCUGUAAUAGAUAUACAAGUGAAAUUAUUUACCCUCCAAAGGUCCAUUCUACACUUUAUUUCAGGCUGGACAUGAACAGUUCCCUACUAGUUUUGAAACACUUUGCAAUAUCUUAAAGACACUUCGAAGCUGUGUAUAUCAAUUAAUUUGCUAUCUAAAUAACAUAGAAAGUAACUUUCUUUAUGUAGUUCUCUUGUGAUCACCCACAUUGGGUGAGACAUAAAAUGAGCGUGUUCUAAAAUUUGUCAUUUGCUAACUUGAUUUGAGUUAGUGAAAACUGGUACAGUGUUCUGCUUACUAGUUUCCAAUGUGUAACUGGUGUCUGUUCAAUAAACUUGAGCAUUAUGGUGCCA